UAAUUAAGGUGCAGGGUUUACGCCAAGCCCUAGCCCAGUUUAUGCUGUCACUGACAACAGCAGCUCCACUAGAUAAUGAAUGGCAUUGGUGUCCAUUUCGGCGGCUUUAUACCAUCAAGGGGUUCAUCUUACAUAUCCUGAGAUUGUCCCCAAUUUAAAAAAGCAGUAAUUACAUCAAUAGAAAAGUCUUCCAGCAUUUAAAAAAAUUAUCACAGUAUUUGAAUUGUUUAUUUGACCACUUUUAUUACUCUACAUGAAAGUUUAGCUACUAUAUAGUAUUGUUUCAUAGAGCCUCUUCCGCUCUGGCUUUAUUUGCUCGUCUCCCACUAUGGGUUUGCAUUUGCAAGUCUCUCUAGCUUGACAUUUUCCAUGACAUCUACAAAUUGACAGUUGAAGUAGCCAAUGAGAGUAUUGCACGGUAGGUACGUCAGCAAAUAACAUACGCGUCCUCCUUUUAGCGAUCCAAUCACAUUAGUCGUUUACUGUCUUUCAGGUAGAAUGUUCACAACUUCAAAAUUCCGUAUGAGUUCUAUCCUCAAUGGUUCUAUCAGUGAGGGAUAGGCAAGCUUAUCUACCAAGACCAACUGGCUCAUUAUAUCGAGUGAUUUAUGCAGUCAGGGGCAGUGAUUAAAAAAAAAUUGUUUUACCCAUACGCUUCUGUAAACUGCCUUUAUUAUCAGCAUUUUAACACAAUCUGCGCGCUUCGCUUUGUUAAAAUGUAUCUCCUGGCCGGCGGAAGGGAUGGAAGGGCUAACAGAAGUGUGAUGUGUGUCCUGCUACCCCUGGCUGUCGCGGUGUUGUCGGCCGGAGUUUCUGCGAUGCAGGAGGAACACAAACCAGUCCAAGAACAACCACCACAAGAGAAAACUCCUACUGCUCAUGCCAUUGGUUCAGAGGUCAGUGAAAAUGAUUCCAGCAAAUCUGGUGACCUGGGCUUCAUCCAUGCCUUUGUUGCUGCCAUCUCUGUCAUCAUUGUCUCUGAGCUGGGAGACAAGACUUUCUUCAUCGCUGCCAUCAUGGCUAUGCGCUACAACCGCCUCACCGUGCUGUUAGGGGCGAUGCUAGCGCUUGGCUUUAUGACCUGCCUUUCAGUGAUGUUUGGCUAUGCCACCACCAUUAUCCCCAGGAUUUACACAUACUACGUGUCCACGGCUCUGUUUGCCAUCUUUGGUGUGCGCAUGCUGAGAGAGGGGCUGAAGAUGAGUCCAGACGAGGGUCAGGAGGAGCUGGAGGAGGUACAGGCUGAGAUUAAAAAGAAGGAUGAGGAGCUCCAGCGGUCUAAGCUGGUGAAUGGGGCUCCAGAUGUGGAGUUGGGUUCAGGGUCAAACCAUCCUCAUGGGAAAUGGCACAGCUUCAUCUCGCCUGUGUUCAUCCAGGCCUUCACCCUCACCUUCCUUGCAGAGUGGGGAGACCGCUCUCAGCUGACCACCAUCAUCUUGGCUGCCCGGGAGGAUCCUUUUGGAGUGGCGGUGGGUGGUACUCUGGGACACUGUCUGUGCACAGGACUGGCUGUGGUUGGAGGAAGGAUGAUUGCACAGAAGAUCUCUGUCAGAACUGUUACAAUCAUUGGUGGGAUCAUGUUCCUGGCCUUUGCAUUCUCUGCCCUCUUCGUCAAGCCAGAUGCUGGAAUCUGAUUGGAGUGAAGACAUUCAGGCAAAUGUUGUACAUACCUGUAAAGCUCAACUAUGUGUAUAGAGAGGCUGUACUCUUGACCGUGUGUAUGACCGAGUUGUACUGUACUCUCAUGGUGUGGGUGAAUGUGUGUGUGUGUGUGUGAGAAAUAUGGAGAAUAUUCUCUAAUGGGACUCUAAUUGGUGAGUGUGUCUGUGUGAAUGUUGCCCUCUUGUCUUACUGAGUCUUUGAUCCCUCACCAGUCUGAAUCUUGUGGCUUACAAACAGAACAAGACUUCCCUCUCCCUCAGGCCCGUCAGUACUGAGCUUGGGUCUGUUUAUUCAUUCGUCCCCAUCCUUGGUUAUUAUAUUAUGAUUUAAGAGCAGCUCGUUCUUUCACUGAGUGCAUGGAAUCUCCCCUCUUCAGCAUGAGCUCAGUGUUAUUGAGCAGCCAAGUCACUGCUGGUUGAAUGCUGACUCCAGGGCAGUCCCAUGGAGGGCAGUGUUGGGAUCACUGUGGAGAGACGCAGUCCCUCUGCUCAAUGGCCAGGCCUCAGGUCAACUCCCAUAUAUUUUGUUCCCUUCAGAAUGUCAUCUGAGAACAGAACAUAGGGCUGCCUUAGCGACAUAACCCACAUAAUGAGGAGACUUACCAUUUUCCAGAUGUAUCAGUGAUAAGUAUAUUACUGUUGGGUGAUUUCCAUCUGAUUGAUAGACAACACAUGCCAGUUGUAAGCAUCAUUGGGAUCUUGAAGCAGAAGUAACCCAUUCAGUAUUGUCUACAUUCCGGCCUUGUAGUAGCGGGGGGGUGGGGGGACACGUCCACCGGCCAGUCUGUCCGUUGUCUACAACUCAAAUUACUACAACGGUUUAUAAAUAGGUUGUGUGAGGCCUACUGAUGAAGAAAUCAUGGUACUAAAUACUUCAUAGCUUCCUCCUAAAUUUCACUGCCUUGUUUUGAGACCUGAGCCAUUGUCUACUACACCUUUCCUGAAAAGUGGUUGGUUAUGGUAUUUAUUUACAACUUUGGAGCGGAGAGAUUGUUAAUGUUAACCGUUUUGGGGUUUUGUUUUUUAGCUGAAGUACUGUACACAAUACAUUUUUAAAAAGUGCACAGGGAAAUGUCACUACAUUGUCAAUAUUUGACUAGUUUUACCCUGUGAUGACCGACCAAGCGUGUACAUGUACGCUGUUUGCGAUAUAGAUGGACUUGAUUGUUAAAGCCUGAUUUAAUGUAAAUACUCAAUAAAACCUGUCAUGCCUA